AUGUUACAUGACUAUCAAGAGGGCGUUGUGUCGGAGGAAGGUGCAAAUCCGUUUCUCGAGCACCUUCCUCCUGAUACGCCCGUCUACCGCUAUGAUCGACAGUGCAAUAUUGAGAGCCUCCUUCCUCCGUAUUCGGUCGAGGAUCGCUUCGUUGUCUUCAAACAUUUCCCGUCGGAGAUAUUCGCCGAAUGCGAGGAAGUAUUACCACAACGCUGCGAUUAUUCACCACCACUUCAGAUCCUUAUCAUCACAAUGCCUGGUCCACAGCAUGAGGAGGCGGCUGUAAGUUUCGAGGCAAUGAUUGUGAUACUUGCCGAGAAGAUGCAAGUCUUUCGACGAAUUGCGGGCUGCGGAGCCACUCGAAUCGAUACUCCUGGCCGAAGCAAGCAGGCAGACAGGUCAUGGAAGCCGGCCCGUCAAGGAAGGAAAUUUCCAACGGUGGCAUUGGAAGUCGGCUUUUCAGAGACAACUGCAAAACUAGAAAAGGACGUCGCUUGGUGGAUCAACGAAUCGGAAGGCGAAGUGAGAAUGGGGGUCACAGUCGACAUCAAUAGAGGAUCAGGUUGCAUUGAAAUCGAAUCCUGGACCCCGGCAUUCGACCCAUCAACACAACUCGACUAUGUCACAGUAAGCGGCAGCCACGUCGUCAAAGGACACGUCAACAAUCUCCCACCACCUCAGAUCGCCCAGAGAGUUCUCUGCAGGAGAGGGCGAGAUGGCUCCCGAUCCUACGAUUGA